CAGGUAUGAGGCUACUACCUUGGAGCUCUGGCGCAUGAGAUCUUCAGAUUCGCCGCGCCUCUACCCGUGCCUGUGACGCGCUGCACAUGAUCUAUAUAUCUCCGGCCUGGUUUGGUCGAGGGGCCUAUUGGCGCUCUUGCGGGGCUAUCCGGGAGCCGCUGCGUCAGGCAUCGUCUCGUCUCUGAGCAAAACCCACGCUAUCCCGAGCAACUGGUUGAGCCCUGAGCACUCAACCCGGUCCUGGGUAAUUCACGUCAUCAACGUCGUACAAAGGUAAGCCACAGUAGGAGGGACACCAGUUUGGCGCAACAAGUAGCGGCCAGCGACAGAAUGACAGAGACCGUUUCGAGUGAGUACUACGAGACCGUGGACCUACACGAUAGGGAGUUCCAGAAAUUUUCCGUCGACCAUGAGAUAUACUGCGUGCCGGUAGAUGCGUUGGCUUUUUGCAUGCUCAAUGGUCGGGAUACCUUGGGCAUCGGAGAAGAAGAAGAAAGACUCGAAAACCAACACCAGAUUCUACGUUACCUCUUCGACGAUCGGUUGUUCUUUCCGCCAUUACAGAACCCCCUGAAGGUCCUUGACUGCGGCUAUGGCCGGGGUAACUGGGCGUUGGAAAUGGCGCAGACCUACCCCAACAGUGAGGUCACUGCGAUCGACCUCUAUCCGGCAGCUGAGUUGCCUGACGACCAGCCCGACAAUCUGGAAUGCGAGGCCUGGGACCUGAAUCAAACACUCACGCCGACCUACAAGCCGAACUACUACGACUUGGUACAUUCCCGACUCGUCGCUCCAGGGAUAAAAAAGGAACGGUGGCGAACCUAUCUCCGCGACAUUUUUCGAUUAUUGAAACGCGGCGGAUGGGUUCAAAUGGCCGAAUUUUACUACAUCAUCCAGUCUGACAGUGGAAUGCUCACAGACGAGCAUGCGCUGAUGCAAUGGUCCAAUGCAUAUCGUCAUAUCACGGAGAGAGAUCGAGACCCUCGUAUCGGAAGGCACCUCGGGCAGAUGAUGCGUACCGCCGGCCUCGCAGACGUCCAGGAAGUCACAUAUCGGAUGCCGAUUGGGGGUUGGCCAGCAGAUCCGAAGCUGAAGAAUGUUGGCGAGCAAAACCUGGAGAACAUCGGGACGAUGCUCGACUCGCUAGCCAUCUGGCCCUUCACAGAGCGUAUGGGAUGGACUAAAGAGCAAGUUGAUGCUCUGACGAGACAAGCUCGGGCGGAGGCUGCCGAUCCUCGCCUGAAGCUCUACAUUCCGCUGACCGUGGCCUGGGGCCGAAAGCGGACAUGA